AUGGGUUGGGGAGGUGUAGGAAUUAAGCAUUUCCACAUACUUAUUAAGAUCUCAGUGAGCAGUAGUGCAAGUAUAACUGGUAUGUUGAAGCUUUAUGAAGAUGAUGAAUUUAUCGAUUUCAAACUGAGUACUGGUGAAGGCAGUUUGCCAGUGCACAGAGCUCAUUUAGCCGCUAACAGUAAUGUGUUCAAGACAAUGCUAAGCCGGGAGUGGAAGGAGACAUCCGAGGGCCGAGUACAGAUAGAAGGAGUCUCUCUACAAACGCUGAAGCAUCUAAAGCAGUACAUGUACUUGGGCACUCUACCCGAUGAAGGGCUACUUCCACUACUGUUGAUCGCUAGAUACUACCUGAUGGAUAAUCUUAAAGCAGAAUGUCUUAUGAAAAUAUCUCAAACAGUUACACCAGAAAAAUUGUAUGAGAUAUUGGAAUAUUCAUUUUUGAAUAAAAUACCGGAGUUGAUUUUUGAGAUAAUUGAGACAACACCAAAAUCUAUUGUCAAAGAUGCUCGUAAAAUAAUGAUAAAAAAUCAAAAGAAUUGCGAACAAGCGGAUGAGGAAACGAAGACAGAAGAAAAUAAUUUGUAA